GUCGGUUGGCCGGUAACAGGUACUAGCUGACAACAAAAUUGAAGGCAUGCCACAUUAAUAACGAUUUCUGGCAGCAGGAAUAAAUGAUGGAGAACUAACCCAUGUUCAACUUAUCUUCUUCCUUUAAAUUCAGCAUUUCAAAAAGGGCAAAAACAAAAUCAAGCUCGAAAAAUUCACUGAAAAAAUGGCGUGGAUUUGGAUAGUAUUAUCAAUGAUUAUGUUCGUUUAUCUCCUUCAACAACUGAAGAAGAAGAAUCAGAAUAUUCCUCCGGGGCCGAUCGGGAUUCCGAUUUUGGGCCAUUUACAUUUGCUCGGGAAAAAUCCCCACCAGAAUCUACACCGUCUGGCCCGAAAGCACGGCCCGAUUAUGGGACUCCGGUUAGGUUUCGUUCCCGCCGUCGUCGUUUCAUCCCCCGCCGCGGCGGAGCUGGUCCUGAAGACACACGACCUCGUAUUCGCCAGCAGGCCGAAGAGCGCCGCCGCGGAGUACAUGAGCUACCAGCAGAAGAACAUCGUUUUCGGGCCGUACGGCCCGUACUGGCGGGAUAUGCGGAAGCUCUGUACGCUGGAGCUGCUGAGUAGUCUCAGAAUCAGUCAAUUUCAGGCUUUGAGAGCGGCGGAGCUCUGCCUGCUGGUGGAUUCGCUGAAACAGGCGGCGGAAUUGGGGGAAAUUGUGGAUCUCAGCGCUAGGGUUUCGGGCGUCAAUGGCGAUAUGAAUUGCCUGAUGAUAUUUGGGAGGAAAUACGCAGAUAAGGAUUUUGACGACAAAGGGUUUAAAGAUGUGUUCAUGGAGGCAAUGGAGAUUAGUGCGAAAUUCAAUUUGGCCGAUUAUUUUCCGUAUAUCGGUGUGCUUGAUUUGCAGGGGAUGAAUCGUCGGAUGAAGGAAUUGAGCAACAUUUUCGAUGGAUUUUUGGAGCAAAUUAUCGAUGAACAUUUGCAGGAGAAGCCGGAGAAAGAGGAGACUAAGGACUUUGUUGAUACUAUGAUGGCGAUUAUGGAUUCCGGUGAAGCUGGAUUCGAAUUCGAUCGCCGCCAUGUCAAGGCGGUGCUACUGGAUUUGCUUAUAGCAGGAAUGGACACGUCAUCAACCGCAGUGGAAUGGGCAAUAUCGGAACUCAUAAGGCAUCCACGAGUAAUGAAGAAACUCCAAAACGAACUAGAAUCGACGGUGGGGAUUGACCGCACGGUCGAAGAGUCACAUCUCGACAAUCUCGAGUACCUAGACUUGGUUGUGAAGGAAACACUACGCCUCCAUCCAGUGGCUCCCUUAUUAAUCCCCCAUGAGUCUAUGGAAGAUUGUACUAUCGACGGAUACCACAUACCGAAAAAAUCGCGGGCCAUAGUGAACGUGUGGGCCAUAGGUAGAGAUCCUAGCGUGUGGGCCCACCCGGAGACCUUCUCGCCCGAGAGGUUUUCGGGCAGCGAUAUAGACUUGAGGGGCCGCGAUUUUCAACUCUUACCGUUUGGUUCGGGCAGGAGGAGCUGCCCCGCCCUGCAACUAGGGCUUGUAUUGGUUAAGUUGGUUUUGGCGCAGUUGGUGCAUUGCUUCGAUUGGGAGCUUCCGAACGGAAUGUUGCCGAGUGAUCUUGAUAUGUCGGAGCAUUUUGGUAUAGUGACUUCUCGGGCUGAACAUAUUAUGGCGAUUCCGAAGUACCGAUUGAUUGCGUGAAAUAAUUUACGUAUAAUUCAUAUGUGGAAUAUUUUCAAGUUUUUACACGAGGUCCUUGAGUAUCUGAAUAAAAUAACCACCAUGUAUAUAAGGUGGCAGAAUUGUUACGAUAAUAGACUAAAAUUCUCGCUAUUAUAUAUGAAAUACAAUACGUUUUACUAAAUGUUUAUUAUACUUUCAGUCAUUUAUGAGAA